AUGGGCAAGAGUAAAAUGGACGACGCUGCAGCGGCUCGGAUCCGCAAAGCUAGGGGUGACAAAGUAGUGAGCCUUCGCAAGGAUGACCAACCACCGGAUGAGCAGGACGAAUUUGCAAAACGGGCCGCCAUGGCCGCUCAGGCGAACAGGGACAGGGAGGCAUCAAACAGAGAGCAGCAAGGGGCCCAGUCGAGUGGUGGAAGCAGACAGGAGGACGGGAGGCAGAAAUGA